AUGUUGACCUUAAAUAAGUUUCGUCUUGGCAAGAGCAAAUAUUCAAAUGUUUGUAAAUGGUUGACCGUGUACUAUCUAAAACAAAGACUAACCAUUCGAACAUUCAGAAAAUUUUCAUUCUUAUCUUAUCAACAACAAGACAAACCAACAAAGAAAACACUAAAUGAAAAUUUUAAUCCCUAUCCUUCAAAUUCAUGGGAUUUCAUUGUUCCGAAUCAAUUAAAAGAAAUGUUUACUUUUGCUGAAUAUUCGUCAAAUGGAAUCAUAAAUAAUCUUAAUUUUUAUCAUAAAUUUAUCGCACCUUAUCUUGGUCCAGAACCUUGUUCACCAAAAGCAGAAUGGAAAUCGUAUAUAAAUGAUGAUUAUUCUCCAAUUGAAAUGACAUAUUCAUUCAAAACAAAUGAUAAACAUCCAACAGUUAAAUGCAUAUUUGAACCAAUCGAAAAAAAUCAAUACAAUGGGCAAUUAUCAAAUAUUUCGGCUUCAUUGAAAUUUCUUGCAGCAAUGAAAUUUGCUAAAUUGCCAAUUAAUUAUGAUAUUCUAUUAUUGUUAAUAGAAUCAUUUUGUAUUGAAAAUUUUCAUCAAGACAAUUAUCAUUUAUGCUUUGGAUUUGAUUUUCAAGAUAAUGAAAGUGAUUAUCCGCUGAUAAAAGCGUAUGUUGGAUCUAAUUCUGAUCGUUCACCAGGUUCAGUGCCAAUGCAUCAUCAUGUUUCCAAAAUAAUGAACUUAUUAAAACUUAAUAAAGCAUGGAAAUGUGUUUGCGACUAUUUGAAAAUUUUAACAAAUGAUAAUUGUCCUUCAGAUAUUGAUUGUUUUUCAGUUGAUUGUCUAGACAAUAACGACGACAAUUUGAGAAUUAAAGUCUAUAUUCGAUAUUUUACUUGUGAAAAGAAUGAUCUCAUUCAACAUUUAACAUUAAAUAAUCGUUUAUCAAAUACAAAUAUUGAUUUUAAUUAUGUUUUAAAACAAUGGGAUUAUUUCUUAAAUAAUAAGAAAAUUUCAUGUUUGAAUGAUAAUAAUGUGACGAAAUCAUUUUUAGUCUAUUAUGAAUUCAAUCAAUCGAAACCAGAUUGUCCUAUUUCGGCCAAAUUUUAUUUUCCGAUCCGACAUUAUAUUGAAAAUGAUCAAUUUCUCACAUAUAAAAUUGCCAAAUAUUUAAAUGGUAUUGGAUUUGAAAAAUAUGGUGGAAUGAAUUAUAUAAAUCAUAUCAACAAUCUAUGUAAACAUCGUCCAUUAGAUAAAAGAACUGGAUUUCAUCGACUAACGGCAGGUUCAUUAUCAAAAGAAAAUCUCGAAUUUAAGUUAUAUUAUUCACCAGAAUUAUAUGCAGCAGAACGAUUUGAAUUCUUUUCAACAUCACGAUGA